AUGGCUCGGCGCGGUCCUGCUUCCGCGUUCGAAAGCGAGACAUUUGGUCAAGAUGCCUCUUUCCACCUCGAGCAACCCAUUGGGGCUAUGUCCAUCUCUCCGAGUGGGCGUGACGUUGUCUUGGCUUCAAAGGAAGGACUUCAUAUUAUUGACCUAGAUUCUCCAUAUUCUCCACCGCGAUAUCUACCCCAUCGGACACCAUGGGAAGUUGCAGACGUACAGUGGUCUCCAUUCGCUUCCCGUGACUAUUGGGUCAUCAGUACUUCCAACCAGAAGGCUUUAGUCUGGAACUUGCAAGCUCGCUCAUGGCAGGAUAGCAUCGAAUUUGUCCUUCAUGGACACACGAGAGCAAUUACUGAUAUCAACUUCUCUGCACAUAACCCGGAUAUCCUUGCGACUUGUGCAGUCGAUAGUUUUGUACAUUGUUGGGAUUUGCGCGCGGCGAUGCGACCGGUGAACUCAUUCUCAGAUUGGUUUGCUGGUGCAACACAAGUGAAGUGGAGUCGACAGGAUGAACAUAUCGUUGCAAGUGCACAUGACAAGUAUCUGCACGUAUGGGAUGAUCGCUUCGGGGCAUAUCCCGUGAAAACCAUUCAAGCCCAUGGUACCAAGAUCUAUGGAAUUGAUUGGAACCGCCAUCAUCCAAAUAAGAUCGUCACAUGCUCUCUUGAUCAGACGAUCAAAUUUUGGGAUUUUGACAAGUCAGACGAAAAUCCAGAACGUGUUAUUGAGACAAGUUUCCCCGUUUGGAGAGCUCGUCAUACACCGUUUGGUUGGGGAUUGCUCGUGAUGCCUCAACGUGGAAAUAGCAGUUUACACCUCUAUGACCGCAGGGCAGUUCAUGGCGAGUUUGAAAGUGGACGCGUUCGUCCUGUAACAAGUUUCCGAGGUCAUGAAGGCCAAGUCAAGGAAUUUCUCUGGCGUGCUCGAGGCACAGUAUCCGAUAAUGUCGACGACAGGGACUUUCAACUUGUGACCUGGGGUACAGAUGGGGAUCUUAGAUUGCAUGCGCUCGACCCUGAGGUUUAUCUUGACAUUGGCUACGAGCAGGGGAAGUCGAAAGUCCAACGCCUGAAUUUCACUCGCAAGGGCGCGAUCUACAGAACCUUCCGAGAUGAACCGAAUGACACAGACUCCCCAAUAGAACAGACCCCGCGUAGCGACAUCUUUCCUCGGCAAAGCUUCUUCCAGUCUCGCCACCGCACAAGCACGAGUGUGGGUAUGAACCGCGUUCCAGCUUCCCAAGUCAGAGGCUGGGUUGCAGGGAAUCGGCAGGCGCAAAGAUCAGGCAUGCAUGGGAGAGCGAACAAUCGACAAACAGCAGACCCAAUUGCCUGGCUCAAGAACGUCAAGAUCUUUUCCUGGGAUCCUGACACUAUUGCUGAAGAAAUCCGGCAAGUUGGUGAGAAGUUCAAGAAGGUGGAAUUUGAAUUUGUUGAUAUUCAGCACCGAAAGGCUGUCAUGACCCUGCAAGCUCCUUGGGGUGAAGAACAGAGUCAGAUUUAUCUACGAGUUGAAAUGCGCUUUCCCAAGCUAUAUCCACGCGGUGCAAACGCGGUUUUGAGUCUUCAAAAGAGCGGGUCAAUCGAUGACACAACACAUAAACAUUUGGCUACCGAAUUGCAGACUAUCUCUGAGACGUAUGCUUCAAGGAAGAGAGGAUGUCUUGAGGCUGUCAUUCGAUAUCUCCUCCGAGAACAAAACUUGGAGCAAAUUGUUGCAUGGGUGCUUGGUGAAUCCAUCAGUGAAUCCAAAGUUCUUGAUACCGCACCAGUACCGGUGGACGACUCAAGCAGCGACGAUGAUGACCAACUCGAAAGUGCUCAUGGACAACUUGAUGCGUCAGCCAACAUGCGAGUGCCAUUAGCCAAAGGCUGUGGCGCGGUAUGGUCCGAGACUGGAAAAUUGGUGUGCUUCUUUCCAACGAAAUCAAAAGAGCCUGUUUCACUUUUGGGCAGACUCGGUGUAAGGGAUCUUGACGAGUCUGACUCAAAUCGAUUGUUUGAGGGCUUUGGUCGCCUACACACUAGUUCUCCAGCCCACAAGAUGGCGAGUGGGACCAAGACAGUUGACGAUGAUACAGCUUCGGAUACCUCCGAGUCAUCUUGGAAAUCAUCAAGCAGUUCCUCGGCCUCAUUUGAGACUGGUCAGAACGUGCGAGGGGACUCAUCAUUCCGCGUUCCUGUGGGUGGGACGCAACAACGCUCACGCUCACAGGAUCGAUCUAUGCAUUCAACGACGGGAGAACAGAAGCUCGUCGAAGCACCACGCACCAGUAACAUUUCGAUCCAUUCUUUUGAAAACUUUCUACCCUCGAAACGCGAGUUGGCCGAGGAAUAUAAAAUCUUCGGCGAGGGACAAGAAACAUGUAAGCACAAUGCCAAAGUAGCGAAACAUGCUUCACUAGAUGACCUUGCAUCUGUUUGGACGCUCAUUGGCCUGGUGCUGGAUGACGCUGUCCCAUUGGAAGUCCUUCCAGACCUCCGCCACACGACUGCGUAUGACAUUUCUAUCAUUGCUCGGUCACUCGCAUCCUUUUCAAGCAGAGCUAAAACUGCGGUGCCAACAGCAAAGCAGUCUCGAGGUCGAACGCGGUGGGGCAAUAACCCUCUGGGCUCCACCUAUCUCCUCCCGGCCUUAUUCGAUCAUUUUGAGAGACUAGGGGAUGUGCAAAUGCUUGCAAUGAUGUCCUGCAUCUUUAUCCCGGCGCUCGAUCAUAGUGCUAUGUAUGGCAGUUAUGAUUCCACCUGGAGUACCGAUAUGAGGACCAGGUCUUCGAGUGUUCGAACGGAUUAUUUCCCAUCAAAAGCGGUUGCUAGGUCCUUCUUCGAAAACGAAGUCGUGCCAGACGGCUACAUUAUUGUAAAUUCUACCGACACUCAGCCAAAAGCGAGAAAUCAUCUCUCAGAAACCACACAAGGUUUGCACAGCCAACGGCGAUCGAACACCAUACAUAGGCCUGAUUUUGCCCGGCAAGCUAGCCAGAUGUCAUCACGUGCUCAUAGCUUUGUUGGCGAUGAUAUGAGUGAUCGCAUUCUUCCUUACUCCACUACCAUAUCGGUCUCGACUUCACCUGAAGGGAACAGAAUGAGCAAUAAGCCAACCUCGGGUGUUGCCUAUUCUUCAGCAGCACGCGCCAGCCUAUCGGCGUUAACCCAAUCAUAUUCGAACUCUCCCCCUAAUCACACCACCAACUCUACCACAGCCUCCAGUGUCAAGAAAUACAGCCCAUCUGGCUCUUUGGGACCUGCGUGGGUUUCAACAAGCCUUUUCGGUGGACAGAGUGGGCACAGACAAAGUAGAACGUCCUUACAAGGCAGCGAAGUUGCUAGCCAGCAUAGCCCUGAAUCUGGAGUACUGCGCACAUCUUUUUCGUCCAUCAACCUACAUCGCCCGCAUCGGGACAGCAUACCUGCCAAGCCGGACAUUGGAAGCCAUCGAGACCUGAAAUCGAUUCCUGCAUCGGAAGCCUCCGAACGAACACAGCGAAACGAAAGGCAGCCUCCUCGGCGGAAGAAAAUUAAGACCCGGCUUUUCAAUCAGGAUAAAUUCGAUUUGGACGGCUAUCCCCAGUCUCCCCUCGUAGACCCCAUCCUGGAGAGCAAAUGCAGAAACUAUCGAGCCAGCUACGCUCAUCUCCUCGACGUGUGGCAAUUACAUAUUCAACGAGGUGAGAUUCAGAAAUUCGACCAUUUGAAUAUCCUGAAUGACAAUUCAAACACGUUGCAAAGUCGAGCCUCUGGCUUGACUACCCAUGGUCCACAGUAUCAUUCCACAAAUUUCACAAAACACCCCGCGCAGAAACCACUUCCCUCUUCUGCGCCACGACAAUCAAGUCCACGGGGACUUGCAAUUCGUCGCUGCUGUCCUCGCUGUGCCGAACCAUUAAGCGCCAUUGAGAAGAAUGGGGUCCCCAUUGGCUGGCAUUGCGUGAACAGCUUAUGCACGUCGACAUCGACAUCUAACUCGCUGUCGGCCACCAAAGCCCCGAAACGCAGUGUCUGCGCCAUCUGCAACAGCGCUGUAUCUGGCCUGUCCGUUCCAUGCAUGCAAUGCGGGCAUCUAACAUGCCUGGCAUGCGCACAAGACUGGUUCGGCGGCAAGGCUGAGCGUAUGAAGCUCACUGGCGUCGAAUCUCGCCGGCCUAGCGAAGACACGCCCCCCUCAUCGCCCUUGGACGGCUCCAUUCGAUUUGUCGGCCUGCUGGCACACGAAGAAGACCUUAGCACCAUCAACGAGCAUCAGACCUGCCCGACAGGCUGCGGAUGUCCUUGCGCGUUGAUCAGCCGGAUAGAUGUGCCCGAACCACCUGUGUCGCCGCCGUUCAACUCCGAGAGCGAAAAACACCCCGAGUCCGUCACACAGCUCUUACAUCCCAAGAUCGUGCCUUUCUCCCGCCGCCAGAGUCAAAGUCAAAGUCACAGCCGCGGCGGCAGCAGCUCAGGCGGAGCAGUCCAGCUGCAGAGGUCGUCCAGCCUGCUCAUCCCCGAGGGAGGAUCAUCAGACGCAGCGGCGCUGGCAGCACUCCUGGCCAUAACGCAGGCCCACCAGCGUGCGAAAUCAGUCACUGCAGCCAGCGGGGCACGGGGCAAGGCUUCAUCCAUGUCAAUCCAGCCACAACUGCAACCGAACCACCCACAGAUACACGCCAAAUCAAAGUCGCAAUCGCAAUCGCAAUCACAAUCACGCACCAGCCCCGCGCUCAACGGCGAAGAAGCCAUCGUCGAAUCUUCCUCGACGAACAGGACCUCAUUCGACGGCCCAGGCGAGUCCCAGCACGACCAAACGUCCCUCAGUAGCGUCUCGUCCACGGCCGUCUCGAUCGACGACGACGUGCGUCUGAAUCCCUGGGCAGGUAGUAAACUCGCGACGCUUGGUCGCGGCAUUGGUGCGGGCCUUAGUCGCGGCCUGACGUCGAAGGCGAGCGAUGCGACGAUCAGGAAGGCGAAGUGA